AUGGGAGAUUGGAAAGAUGGGAGUUGGCUUUGGGGAGAUCUUGGAAUUCCCGCUUCUCUUUCUUCUGGCCGGGCUGUUGGCAUCGACGGUCUUCUUCAGCUGUUUUCCGCAGCUACUGUUUCAAAUUAUCAGUCAGAUUCCAUCUUUUGGCAGCAUGAGGAAGGAGAUGUUUUUACUGUUUCUUCUUGCUAUAAUGUAUUGUGUAGACAUUAUAUUCCUUUUGGACCGGAUAAUUGCUAUGACUCGGCCUUUUUUGCUAUUUGGAAGGUGGAAGUUCCUAUAAAAGUAAAAGCGUUUGAAUGGAGGUGCUUUGUCAACAAAAUCUCAACUAAAGACUCGCUUUUGAGUAAAGGUAUUCUUAAUUCUUCUUCGAAUUUAGAAUGUGUUUUCUGUGAUGACUUUGAUGAGUCUUUGAAUCAUUCUUUUUUACUUUGUCGGAAUGUCGUUAUUGUUUGGAAGGAGAUGGUUGUCUGGAUAGGAAUGUGUUUUAACAGCAUUUUAGAUUUUAAAGAGAAUUUCUGGUUUUGGAGCUAUUUUUGUCACUUUAAGAAGGUCAAAAGAGAAAAGGAGAGAAUCGUUUGGAGUCUUUGGUUGCUUAGGAAUGAUAUAGUUUUUAACAAUUCUUCUUGGAAUUCGAGGGGUGUGGUUUGGAGUUGUAAAGCGCUUAUUUGGAGGUAG